AUGAAGUCUUUCGCCAUCCUCGCUGCCGCCUUUGCUGGUGCCGCUUUCGCCCAGGACACGCCCACUGGAGACUGCGCUAGGCUCUGUGUCAACAACAUGGCCCGCAUUGCCCAGUCUGAGUUCUCCUGCGGCGACGACAUUGCCUGCUUCUGCAGCCGCUCCAACUGGGCCUUUGGUAUCCGUGACUGCUCUCGCCAGGCCUGUGAUGCCGAGCAGUCUGCCAGCGCCGUCCAGUGGGCCUAUGCUCGCUGCGCCGGUAUUGCUGCCACUGCCAGCGAACAGCCCGCCGCUCUUCCCAUUCUCACCUCUGCCGUUGCUAGCGCCACUGCCUCUGGCGGUAGCGCUGCUUCCAGCGUCGCCUCAGGUGCCUCAUCUGCUGCCUCUUCCGCUGCUUCGGAGGCCUCAUCUGCUGCCUCUUCCGCUGCUUCGGAGGCCUCAUCCGCUGCCUCUUCCGUAGCUUCGGAUGCUUCGUCUGCUGCCUCAUCUGCUGCUUCCGAGGUCACCUCCGCCGCCAGCUCUCUUGCAUCUGAGGCCUCUGGUCUCACCUCUUCCAUCCUCUCCGAGGCCAACUCUGCUCUUUCAUCCCUCCAGUCCCAGGCCAGCGAGGUCCUUUCCUCCGCCACUGAGGCUCUCUCCUCUGCUACCGAGGCUGCUGGCUCUGCUGCCUCCUCUGCUGCCAGCACCCAGGCCCAGGGUGCCGCCCCCAAGGCUACUGGCAUGUCCAUCGCCGCUGGUGCCGGUAUUGCCGCCUGGCUUCUUCUCUAA